AUGCCAUCAGAUUCCGCCGAUCACCGUCGUAUAACCACCGGAAAGCACCACCAUCUGGGGGUUGCUGCACCGCCUCCUGAACCGGAACACCUUCCUUGCCCACGAUGUGACUCCACCAAUACCAAGUUCUGUUACUACAAUAACUAUAAUUUUUCUCAGCCUCGUCACUUCUGCAAGGCUUGCCGCCGGUACUGGACUCACGGCGGGACGCUCCGUGACAUUCCGGUGGGUGGUGGAAGUCGUAAGAAUGCUAAGCGUUCACGUCCUUCCACCGCCGUGUCGUCGUCUCACAACAUUAACAGCUCCGCGGUUUCCUCCGGUCUUGACUACUGCCAUAUUCUUCCCACUGCCACCGUCCCUGUCUUUCCAUUCGCUGGAGAUCACGGCGGAGCGGCGCAGUUUGUCGGAGAUGUGAAACCCGGUGUUGGAAUGUGUGGGAGUUUCACGUCGCUUUUGAGUAAUAAUCAAAGCCCGGGGCUUUUCGGACUUGGAGUUGGAGGGUUUGAUCAAGAAUUGAGCUUCGGUCUUGGAAGAACGAUUUGGCCGUUCUCCGACGGUGUUGGUGGUGGUCACUCCGCCGCCGGUGGUGGCAGUGGGAACACGUGGCAGCUGGAGAGUGGAGAUGGUGGUGGGGAUUGUUUUGUUUUGCCGGAUCUUGCGAUUUCGACACCAGGCAAUGGCAUGAAGUAG